AGGGGCAGGGUCUUUGGCUACUUCUGAACUGGGAAAAGUUCUCGUCUGACGUUCAUUUGAAGACAUUUUCUUUCGCAUCUUCUGCUUUACAGGGACAAUAGAAUGACAUUUUACCACAGAAUAACUUUGGCACUGGCAAUAAUAUGCGUUUUUGGGGACAGUGGACUGGGAGUCCCAGCCAAAGGCAGGUACAUGUGGGUGAAAUGCAACCCGGAUCAAAAGAAUGCAAACUGUGUCACACAGAUGGGCCCCUUGGUGCCCCUAUCAGGGCAAAGCUCUCGACUUCCGCCUUCUGCUGCAAAACACAUAUUUCCAGUUAGCACAGAGGAAGCCACUCCUGAGACAGAGGAGCAGUCAGGAGAGGGCUCAGGUAACUCAGACACCUUCGCUCCUUAUAUCAUCAUGGAUCAGCAGUUGAUGAGAGACGGUCCAGAGCAAGUAGUCAACAAGAAUGAAGAAGAGGGAUCGACUGUCGAGUCCAGUGGAGACAUUGAUUACUCUGAAUAUGUUUCAACUGAGAAAAAAUAUAGGCUUUCUGAACAGGAUUUGAAAGAGGAAAACAUUAUUGCAUAAAAGGCUACAUUACAUCUCA